GCAACUGAAUCCAAUGGCUUUACUAUUUGCGACUUUUGUGUGGCAAUCGAAUUCCGAAAUUUUGAAGUUCAUUGACUAAACCAAAGAAGAAACGUUAUCAACAAACAAAGUUUAGUAAGGAUAUUAUACUUUUAUGAAGUUCUCUCGGAACUUUAUGUAGUCAAAAUUAUCAGUAUCUCCUAACAUAUUCAAUAGUACUCUCGGCGCAUUCAACAUGGCUGGGCGAAGUGAUGAUCAGAGAGAUUAUGGGCGAAGAAAACCUCUACCGACGGAACCACCUUAUAAGGCAUAUGUUGGUAAUUUGCCUCAAGGAACCGUUCAAGGAGAUGUCAACCACAUAUUUGGUGAAUUAGACGUAAAAUCAGUACAGUUAAUUAAGGACAGAGAUACUGAUGAAUUCAAAGGAUUUGGCUAUGUCGAGUUUGGGGAUCUCGAAAGCUUGAGACGUGCUUUAGAUCUAGACGGCAGAGUACGUGUAAACGAUUGUAUGCUCAGGAUUGAUGUAGCGGAAGCUAAAAGGAGUGAACGAGGUGGAGGAUUUGACAGAGGAAGAGGAGGCGGUGGUGGCGGCGGUCGAGGUGGCUUUCGAGGAGGGAGGCCAAGUGAUCGUGACAGAUUCAAUGACUUUGGAGGUGGUGGCGGCGGUGGCGGAGGCAGAGACUGGAACAGGGGUCCACCUGGUGGCAGAAGUGGACCACCACCACCCCCUCCAAGUGGAAGUUUCGGUGGUAGACCACGGCAAGAGGAGAGAAGAGGACCACCACCUGUGGAAGAGAUAAGACCCAAUCCAGAAGACGCUGCUCGUCGACCAAAGUUAAUGCUGAAGCCAAGAACUGUAAAAGAUCCGCCCAAUCAAUUAGCAGAGACUAGUCAGGCAUCAAAAAUAUUUGGUGGUGCGAAACCACGAGAAGAAAAAAUUCUUAAGUAAUAAAAGUUAAUGUAAAUUAAGUCAAAUGCAUCUCUAAAUGUAAAUGGCUGAGCUGUAUGCAGCAGGUGAGAUUACAACUUAGUCAUUUUGUUAUGAUUUAGUGACCCUUCCCAUUCUGAUGUAGUGUUCGAAAGCCAUUUUUAUUCUAAGUAAUAGUUUCUUUUCUGUGCAGUCUUUUAAUUUUUGAUGACUUUAUUUAACUUCAGCUAAGGUAAUUAAGGCAGAUAUUGAAAUUUGAAUGCUUUGUUCGCAAAAAAACAUGGUAAGAUAACUAUAUUUGAAAUGUGAAUGUUGUAUCCCAGAUUUUGCUCUUGGUUGGUCUACAUUUUGCUAAAUGUAACAAUUACUCCCCACCCUGUUGUUUGAAGCACUGAGUAACAUGAUUUUAAUUUUGCCAUUUUUUAAGAGAAUUUUGUGAUUUCUUACUGAGUGUAAAUAAGUAGCUAAUAAAUUCCGUGUCGGAUUGCAUUUGAAAAUUAAUUUGUUGCUGCACAUUAGUAAAAAAUAUAUAUAAUAGAGCAUGCCAUUUCAUCUCUUUAUUGAAACUGAGUCUUGUUUUACUAAAAUUAGUUGCUGCCUGUGCACUAAAGAACUGUGAUUUACGUUGUGGAGCUGGUUGGAAGAUAGUUUCUUGUUUGAAAUUGCAGUUUUAGAACAUUUGCGUGUUCUCUUCUAAUGUAGAACAUUACAUUAAAAUUUUUACGAGAUGUUUGUAUAUAACCAGUGUUAAAACUACAGAAUGAAGAAAAAUAUAUUGCUUGUAAAAAAAAUUAAACAGUGCCACGAUAUAUUGAUAAUGAAAAAUAAUUUUUUAAUAUUAUGAUUGGGCUGUGAGUAUUUCUUCCAAAAAGCCUCCUAUAUUGCAAGCUAAGUACAACCCUUUAAUGAACUAUCUUGCUGUUGUGUUUGUGGAGCUGCAAUGAUGCUGAAUGAGGUUUUCAUGUGUGGUUGAUGUCAGAAUUUUCUGUAUUUAAGUCUUCAUUUUCUGGAACUGCUUUCAGUAAAUUAACCUCCCACAAAAACAUAUGGUUUUUAUGUGGUUUAUUUACCUUUCUGAUAAUUUUACCAGUGACUUUUCUGCUUUCUCAGCUGCAGACUGAGUUAGUCAUAUGGUAUGAACUUCAGAAAUUAUGGAAGAUACAUUUUAUUUUAAUGGUUCAGUGUAUCUCUUGGUUAAGUGAUUGUCAUUUUUGUAUUGUCAGUUUUAUGGCAUUAAAUGAGUAGUUCCCAA